AUGUCGCUGAUUAAUCGUAUCGAUGAGCCUCUACGAGGUGCCACCUUUGGCUUCCCGAUCAAACACAGCGUAGGUCCGGCGGUGCACACGUUUGUGUCGCAACUGUUGGACUUACCCUGGACCUUUACCCACGGCGAGUACGCUGACGAGAAUGAUGUGUGGCAACACGUUCAGAGUGCCGACUUUGGCUUCGGAGCGGUGACGAUGCCCUUCAAGGCGAGCAUCAUGGCGCGUCUGGAUCAUAUUGAUGACGAUGCCAAGGCCAUCGGUGCGGUCAACACGAUCAGCGUGGUCAAGGGACAAGACGGCGCACCGCAUCGAUACCACGGCCACAACACGGAUGCAGCCGGCAUUGCCCAGGUGUUUUUGGAGAAUACCAAGCUGCUGCACGACAUUCCGCAACGCAUCGGUCUGGUCAUCGGUUCCGGCGGUGCUGCGCGUGCCGCCAUCUGGGCUCUCGUCUUUACGCUUCACUGCCCUUACGUGUUGGUCGUAGGCCGUUCAGCAGAUGCGGUCAAGGCGAUGAUCGACGAUCUGCAAGCAGCUGUCACUGCUCAGGGCGGCAAGUUCCCGCUGGCCGAAUGUGUCUUCCACGUCGGCUCGGUUGCCCACGCACAACGGCUGCUUGACCAAGGCCUCACCCCCUCGUUGGCGGUCAGUUGCAUUCCCGCUGCCGCCAUGCUGCAGCAGGCGCCGUCAAGUGCCGUGCAGGACGACAAGACUGCCGCCGAGAGCACCAUGUAUGCGGUUCUGGACACAUUGCUCGUUGGACGUCUGCAUCGACGUCAGGUACAGACGAGCCCGUGCAUGCUGAUCGACAUGUGCUUCAAGCCGCUUGUGACGCCCAUCAUGCGCACCGCGCAGGCGGAUGGAUGGCACAUCAUUUCGGGCAUCGAGGUUUUGGGUGCACAACUGAUCGAACAAUGGCGCAUUUGGCUUGGCAAAGACUCUUCCUUGUUUGCCAAGAUCCCCCAGAAAAGCGUCCGUGACAAGAUGCGCGAAUUGGCCGCCCAGAGUUUGGCAUUGCAAUCUUCAGCCGACGCUGCUGAUCUGUCGCUCGCGGAUCGGCUCAAGGCUCUGCCGCAGGGCGUUAUGAGCGCCUCGCUGGGCUAUUCCGAAGCACAGACCAUCGAGGCCGUAGUGGCAGCCGCGGCGGCGGAACACUUUGACGGUAUUGAAAUCUUCUAUGAAUGCCUACGUGUAGCCUCGCUGCGGCUGGCGAACAAGGAAAUCCAAGAGAUGCCGACGGAUGCAGAGAUCCUGGCCGGUUCGUCCUACAUCCGCAAGCUGUGCGACAGCCACGGUAUCCGCAUCAUUGCCCUCCAGCCCUGGCUCAACCACGUGGGCCUGCGUGAUCGUCAGGAGCACGAACGCCGCUUGCAGCAUGUGCUGCCGCUCUGGUUCCAAGUGGCCGACAUUCUGGGCACUGAUGUGAUUCAGGUGCCUUCGACCAUGUUCAAGAAGAUCUCUGUUGGCGAUCCCGAAGUUGUGGUGGCGGAUCUGCGUGCCCUUGCUCAAGCAGGUCUGACGGGACGACAGCAACAGGGCAAGGCACCGAUCCGGUUUGCCUACGAAGCCAUGGCAUUUGGCGCAUGGACGAGCCGUUGGCAAGAUGCCUGGAAGGAGGUCGAGGCAGUUGACAUGCCCAACUUUGGCAUUGUGCUCGACACAUUCCAGAUCCUGGGAGAAUGUUGGGCCGAUCCGGCGAGCGAGAGCGGCAUGCUAUAUGAUGGCGAGGUGCGCCUGCAAGACUGCCUCCACGAUCUACGCACCACGUUUGCCGGCCAUCUGGCCAAGCAGACGGCCAACCGCAAAAAGAUCUUUUACGUUCAGCUGGGAGAUGCGAAGCGCAUGACGCCGCCUCUGACGGUCGACCAUGCCCUGUUCGACCCCAGCAUGCAUGCCAACUGCAAGAUGGCCUGGAACCGAUCCUGCCGCACGUUCGCGUUCGAAGGCUACUUGCCAUUGCUGCCGUUGCUGCGUGUCAUCUUUGAGGACAUUGGCUUUGAUGGAAUCGUCAGUGCCGAGCUGAUGAACGUGGAGCUCAAACAAGUCGAUGCCGGCAUCCCGGCUCGCCAGGCGCAACGUGCCAUGGUAGGCUGGCGCCGUUCUCAGGAGGCUCUGUUGGAUGGCAAGCACGACUAG